AUGGACAUCACGGACGUCUUCGACGCUAUCUCCGGUUACGAAGAGACCCUAGUAGCUCAAGGCGAAGCUAUGGGGAUCGAACGUGGUCGUGAGCUGGGUAUCGAGGAAGGUCGUGAACUCGGUCUGUUGAAAGGAGCCGAGAUUGGCAGCGAGUUGGGCUUCUACCAGGGCUGCUACAUGGUGUGGAACCACAUGCUACAGCAGGAGACACUUCGACGCAAACUCCCAGAUCGGGCAGCCAAGUCGGUCGUCACUUUUGGCGCAUUACUAAAAGCAUUUAAACUGAAGAAUGUGGUUGACGAGGACAUCAUGCAAGAGCUGUUUCGUAUUCGAGCGAAAUUCAAGGUCAUCACUGCGACUACAGGCCUACGGAGGACUUUGGUGUACAACAAGGAGGAUAUCGAUGCACACAAGAACAUGUCAUUUUAA